CCGUCGUGUCCGUAGGAAGAAUUGUUACUGAUUAUCACUUUCAAAUGAAUUCGAUGCUCUUCUGAUUUCUAUGCUAAAUCGGAUUGAGUGACGUUUUUGAUGCGUGUGGGUAUUACGAGGGAAGUCGGUGAUAUGUAUGUAUAUUUCAGUUUUGCCUGCCGCUCUUAUGAAAUCAUAUUGCAUAACAAUGUUUAUAUUUUUCAGUGACUUAUUAAGGAGUAAUAUGAAUGUAGUUUUGAAUGGUUUGCGCGUUCCCGCUUAGCAACGUCAAUUUUUAUUAUGAUGCUAUGUUCCGGCUGCUCGAGUAAUGUAAGUGAAGUUAGUAACGAGGCUACGGACAAAAUGGUGGCCGACCUUUGCCAUCGUUGCCUCUGACAGUUUUUCUCGGAGAACCUAUGUUCCAUAUGUAAUUGUUGUGCUCGCUCUUUAAACGUUUUACGAGUUGUAUCGAAGCACGUUACGUGAAUUUUAGUUGCAUGAAAGUUUUACGAAUCGAUGCGCUGUGCUAGACGCUAGCGCUUAUAUAAAUAGGUUGUUAGGUUAGGUUAUGAUUGGCCUGUGCUGAUACAGGGAAGAUCCUUUGGCGAGCAAAGUCCUAAAUUAGACUCGGAGAAAGUUUUUAUGGAGUGAAUUUAACGGUUGGACUAUUGACGAUUUUAAUCUCGCUAUGUCGAACUGGAGAAAAAGAGGCCCAGGACCAGGACCAGUUCCUCCGCGUUGGCUUGACUGCCCGCGAAAAGCAGUCAAGCUUGUCCACAACAAAUUCUUAGCUUUCAAGACACCACUGUCUUCUGAAUUUGAUAGCCAAGUUCCUGAAGAAUGUCAGUUUACUGUGGAUAUGCUGUUUGCCUCUGUGAAGAGUCACAAACUCAAGAUGGGUCUGUGGAUAGACUUGACUAAUACUUCUAGGUUUUAUGACAAGAAAGAGAUUGAGAAGUAUGGCUGCAAAUACCUUAAACUGCAGUGUAGAGGACACGGUGAAACACCGUCAAAGGAGCAGACUACGACUUUUAUUAGAGUAUGCGAAAAUUUCAUUGCGCAGCAUCCCUUGGAAAUUGUUGGAGUACACUGUACACAUGGAUUUAAUAGAACUGGCUUCUUGGUGAUAAGCUAUUUGGUGGAGAUAGAUGCAAGGAGUGUUGAUGCUGCACUCGCUGAAUUUGCCUCUGCGAGGCCACCAGGAAUUUAUAAAGGAGAUUAUAUACAAGAAUUGUUCAAGAGGUAUGAUGAAGUAGAAGACGCACCACCACCUCCAGUAAGACCAGCAUGGUGUCUGGAGUACGAUGAUUCUAAUGUGGAAGAUAGAGACGAUGGACCUAGCACAGAAUCGGAUAGUUUUAAUAAAGGACCACCACCUAAGAAAAGAAAGAGAGAGUUUAAUAACAAAAAUCCUGUAUUCAUGGCUGGUGUACAAGGUGUUACUGUACUGGGGGAAGGUCACAAACUAUCUGCAAUUCAAAGUCGUGUUCAAGAAUUGUGCUCCUGGAAAUCGUCAGGAUUUCCUGGAUCCCAACCAGUAUCCAUGGAUAUGACAAAUAUUAGAUACCUUCACAAGAAGCCAUAUAGGGUAUCAUGGAAAGCAGAUGGAACGAGGUACAUGAUGCUGAUACAAACCGAUGGAGAAAUAUUCUUUCUCGACAGAGAUAACAGUGUCUUCCAAGUUACAGGAUUGCGUUUUCCUCACCCAGAGGAUACUGAGAGAUUAAUCGAAGAAACACUGUUAGAUGGGGAGAUGGUAAUUGACAAAGCAGAGGGUAAGGAGUAUCCAAGAUAUCUGGCGUACGAUGUGAUCACGUACGAUGGCCAUGAUGUAAGCAAGCUCGCCUUCCAUCCUGAUCGUUAUUCGAUUAUUGAGAACGAAGUAAUAGCCGGUAGACACAGAGCCAUGAAAGAAGGUAGAAUACGAAAGGAACAAGAGCCAUUUUCAGUAAGACUAAAGCAUUUCUGGGACGUGACACAAACCGGAAGUCUGCUAAGUGAAAAAUUCGCAAAGCAGCUCUCACAUGAGCCAGAUGGAUUGAUAUUUCAGCCAGCUAAGGAGCCUUAUGUUCCUGGACAGUCACCGGAAGUACUUAAAUGGAAGCCAGCAUCCAUGAAUUCCGUAGAUUUUAAAUUAAAGAUUGUCACCGAAUCUGGGGAAGGCAUAGUUCCGAAGAAGGUUGGCCAACUUUACGUCGGCGGUUUGGACGUUCCUUUUAAUCACAUGAAAAUCAGCAAAGCAAUGAAGGAUCUGGACAACAAAAUAAUUGAAUGCAAGUUUGAAGAUGGCCGCUGGGUCUUCAUGCGCGAGAGAACGGACAAGUCUUUUCCGAAUUCCUAUAAAACUGCCACAGCCGUUUGCAAGAGUAUUCAAGAUCCUGUGACUAAAGAUCGAUUACUCGAUUAUAUAAAUAGACAUAGAUUCCCACAGGAUGACGCGGACUUAAUGCCACCACCUAGCAAACGACGCAGGUGACAAGGCGCCUUGUCGACCUGAGGGCCAUCCUUUUUUUUUUCAUUCAUUGCAAAGUAUCUGAUAAACAAAUGAAUUAGUGACUGUAAUUCGAUCAAACAAAACAAUUAUGCCAGUUGUUUGUGGCAUGUACGAUACAUACAUAAUUAACAAUUCAUCGAUUAUUGUUUUAAUUAGAAACAUAGACCGUGAUUUAUGAGUGAUUGUAAUGCAAAGAUCAUGCGAGAUAUUCACGAUCAUUUUGUAUGAUAAUUGCAAGACCGAAAUAAAGAAAAAUUGAAUCAUUGAAGAGUA